AUGUCAAAAACUGCAUCAUCUCAUGAAAAUCUAGCCAAUUCUCGAUAUACCGACAUAAUUGGAGAACCCGUUGCACGCCUUCUUUCACCAAUUAAAGGUUAUGAAGCUGCACCACUUGUACCUCUCGAAGAAGCUGUGGUUCCUAUUGGAAAAUUUUUCGAUUGUAUCGAAGAAAAUGUAUGGAUUGCAAAAGAGAAUUCUAAAAAUUCACCAGAUGGUCUCAGUCAAGAUGAAUCUGCAGCACUUCAUUUGUAUACGAUGCAGUUUGAUUCAGAUCCUAGUUUCUAUCAACUUCUUAAUUCGACACUUCGAGGUGAAAAUCGUGAUAAUCUCAAACCAUGGUUCUCCUAUCUCAAAUUAUUUAUGACUGCUCUUCACAAACUUCCAUCUCACUCUCAGACCAUUUGGCGUGGUGUGCGCGGUAUCGAUUUAAGUAAGCAAUACCCAACUGGAAGCAAAUUUGCAUGGUGGGGUGUAAGCUCGUGUACAGCUAAUGUUGAAGUUCUUCAGGCAGAAACAUUUUUAGGCAAAACAGGCAUGAGAACUUUAUUCUCUAUUGAAAGUCAAAAUGGAAAAUCCGUUGCUCCACAUUCAUAUUUCAAAGACACAGAAAAAGAAAUUGUACUUAUGCCAGGUUCAUAUUUUGAAGUGAUUGGACAAUUGAAUCCAGCAGACGAUCUGUAUAUUAUUCAAAUGAAAGAAUUAGCACCACCAUUUCCAUUUGUUAAACCACCAUUUAAAAAGGAAUUACAGGCAACAAAUGUGCCAAAGUCUCUUGAUAAUGUCACAUCAUCACCAACAGAUAAUUCAUCAAUGCCAAAAGUUAGCUCAAAUGAAAGUGCAAGCUCCACAACAACAAUGUCAGAAGUUAAGGAAACGUCACUACCUCCUAAACCAUCCAAACCACGCAUUUUCUCCUCGACUUUACCAUCUCCAAUGCAAGAAGCUAUAAUUAAUAUUAUUCGAGAAGCUAUUGCGGAAGGAACAGACGAACAAGACAUCGAAUCAAUAAUUACGAGUGAACUUAUUCAACGCUAUGGUGGAACUUGGCUACAAGUUUGUGAUACAUUACCAAUGGACAGCUUGUGGUUUUAUUCAUUUGUUGAUGAAAAAUAA